GCGGCGGCGGCUAGGUCAGUCGGGCUGCCCCGGUCGCGGGCCGCGCGGGUCGGGCCCCGCCCUCCCGCGCCGGCGCUGGCGGACGCCGUGCGGGCCCCGUCGGCUCUCUCCACGGCGCUCCGCCCGCCGCCGGCCUGCAGCUGCUCUGGCCUGGAGGGCUCCCGCCUACGCAGGCCCGUGACGCGGGGGCUGGGACGGGGCUCCGCGGACCCAGCGGGCGCUGUGCUGCCGCCGCUGCCGCCGCUGCUGCCUGAGCGGCUCCUGCGUCUUCGGUUUAAUUUAUUUUUGGAAAUCAAGUUCAAUAUUAAAAAGAAAAAGCACACAUUAUUGGAAGCCAUUUCUACUAAUCCGUUACAUUUUAACUUAUGAUUUGAUUUGAAUACUGUCAUGGGAGGAGCUGUGAGUGCUGGGGAAGAUAAUGAUGACUUAAUUGAUAACCUUAAAGAAGCUCAGUACAUCCGAACUGAAAGAGUAGAGCAAGCGUUCAGAGCCAUUGACCGCGGAGAUUACUAUCUGGAAGGCUACCGGGACAAUGCGUACAAAGACUUAGCCUGGAAGCACGGGAACAUUCACUUGUCAGCACCUUGCAUUUAUUCCGAAGUUAUGGAAGCUUUGAAACUUCAACCAGGAUUAUCUUUUCUUAACCUGGGCAGUGGAACCGGAUAUUUAAGUACAAUGGUGGGCUUAAUUUUAGGUCCUUUUGGAAUAAAUCAUGGGAUUGAACUUCAUUCAGAUGUGGUGGAAUAUGCCAAGGAGAAACUGGAGAGCUUCAUCAAAAAUAGUGAUAGCUUUGAUAAAUUUGAAUUCUGUGAACCCGCAUUUGUGGUGGGUAAUUGCCUUCAGAUAGCUUCUGACAGUCAUCAGUAUGAUCGAAUUUACUGUGGAGCUGGAGUCCAGAAAGACCAUGAAAACUACAUGAAGAUCUUACUCAAAGUUGGGGGCAUAUUGGUCAUGCCUAUAGAAGAUCAGUUAACACAGAUUAUGCGGACUGGACAAAACACUUGGGAAAGUAAAAAUAUCCUUGCUGUUUCCUUUGCACCACUAGUACAACCUAGUAAGAACGAUAAUGGCACACCGGAUUCUGUGGGGCUCCCCCCAUGUGCUGUCAGGAAUCUCCAAGACUUGGCUCGUAUUUACAUUCGACGCACACUUAGAAACUUCAUAAAUGAUGAGAUGCAAGCCAAAGGGAUUCCACAAAGGGCUCCACCCAAGAGGAAAAGAAAGAGAGUUAAACAGAGAAUUAACACUUACGUAUUUGUGGGUAAUCAGCUUAUCCCUCAGCCUCUAGACAGUGAAGAGGAUGAGAAAAUGGAAGAAGACAGCAAAGAAGAAGAAGAGAAAGAUAACAGCGAAGUUGUGAAACGUGAGGAGCCACCUCAGAACUUACUAAGGGAAAAGAUCAUGAAGCUGCCGCUUCCCGAGUCCUUAAAAGCUUACUUGACGUAUUUUAGAGACAAAUAACUUUACAAGGAAGAAUGCCUACUGAUAAUUCCCUUACUCUUGUAAAUGUAGUGUUUAUUAGGAGUUAGAGAAUUACUUCAUUAGAAUGAAUUAUCUCAGAAAAAAGCAUUAGUUAUUUCUCUUAAUGGCAGAAAUGAUGUAUUCAGUGAUUUAAAAGAGUCUCUUUCCUAAAAUCUAUUUUUCUUAAAUCUUGAGAAAUUGCAGUUUUAGCUCAGUGAUCUCAAAGUGGAAUGUGUCAAUAGUUUGAACUUUUGUGUACAGUAAUUCCUUUCUGGUUCUUCAUGAAUUUGAAGUGUUGGGGGUUGGAUUUCAUUCUAUAAGAAGUUGAUAUAUUGUCACACAUAUAUAGACUUAUUGAAAUUGCAUUUUGCAUUUCUUUUAUGCGAGCUUGCUUAUCUAAUAAGGAAAGCAAAUGCUUGUAGACCUAUUUAACUUUUGUUCUAGACCUAUUCCGGGCAACAUGUGAGUGCAAUAAUAAUUCAAGAUGCUGAAUAAGUUAGCUUUAAAAACCAGAGACUUCAUGAAAUUUUAUAGGCCUGAAACUUUUGCUUUUGAAUCUAUUGCCAAAAGACACAGGGAAAAUUCCUGCUUCUCUCAUAGAGAUUUUCAGAGCACAGCAAGUGAAUAUUAAAGUAGGAAGUGGCUACUUGACACAACUAGUUUUUAUGGGCCAUUUGUGUUCUCAGUAUUUAAAGAUAAUGAGGUUAUCUUAACUAGAAUUUUAAACAGUAGUAAAUUUAGGGCUGCUUUUAUGUAGUUAACUAUAAAGUACUAGAUUUGAAAAGACAGUCAUUGUCCCAUUUGCCUGUAAAUGUAAAUAAGUGUGUAAGUCACAGUAAGUGACCACCGCUUCUUAGACACCUCCAGUAGCAGGGGAAUGAUGUGGUCACUGAGGCACUUCAGCAAGGGGACUCUUAGUUACAUGGAUAUUUAUCGUUGACAAGGUAGGCUCUUCUCGCCUCCUCUGCUCUGAAUCUUUCUAGUAUAGAUAGUCAUGGAAGUUGUAUGUAGAUGCCUUUAUAUUAAAAUUUGGCUCAUAAUCAUAGUGGGAUCUCUGGGACACAUACCAAGCUCAUUUGCCUUCAUUCUAUGUUUGAUUGUUUUUUGUUUUCUUUCUUUCUUUCUUUCUUUCUUUCUUUCUUUCUUUCU